UAGUCUGCCGCUGAUACAACUGAAGAAGAAGAACGUUGAUGAUGCAUAUUUGAAGCGCCUGCACCGCGCGCUGUUUGGAGCUCGAGAGAAGUCUCCGGUGAGGUUGAGGUUGACGGUGCUGAUGUGCUGAUCGCGUGCUGAUCUCGUGUUCACGGUUACAUUAGUACACAUUUCUCUCCUGUUGAGCAGUCCGGGCAGCACAGCAGGCAUGUUUACCCCCCGCGCCGCCCCGAGCUCCGGCCGCCGGCAGCAGGGCCGGUCCACCGGGAGGAAGAUCGUCUCCGGGGCAAGCACCGGGACCGGGACCGGAACGGGGCUGCUGUUCUCCCCGAGGAGGACCCCGCUGUCCGCCAGGGGAACACCCACCAGAGUACAGACCCAUGCAGCUGCAGAUUCAAUCAACUAUGAUGUGCAAACCUUCGGCUCGUCGCUGCCUGUCAAAGUGAUGGAGGCGCUGACGAUGGCUGAUGUUGAUGACCAGAUCUCAGUGAAGGUGAAUGAGAGCGGUUGGGCCUGGAUGGUUUGUGGAGAGAGACUGAUCAUCUGGAAGAUCUGCCAGACUGCCGUGGCCAAGCUGUCAGUGUGUAAGGAGCUGCAGUUGCCCAGCAGUGAGUACAACAACUCAGCCGACCUCGUGGCCGUGUCGUCCGCAGCUCCUCUGGAGACAGCCCCCGUUCAGUCCAUCUCUGUCCUGGCGGUGGCUGCGGAGGGAACGGCUCGCUUGUGGCCGAGCCUGGCCCAGGAGGGCAACUACACAGAGACAGACGUGGACCUGGGAGAUCUCUGUAACUUUGUUGUUGCUGUCAAUGGUGGAAGCUUCGUCUUAUCCUCAAUGAAGAGUCGGCUGUUGAGAGCGAGUGUAGAUUCCUCGGGGAAGCUGCAGUACCGAGACCUAGUGCAGGGUCAGGGCAUGCUCUCCGGCAUCGGACGCCGUGUCUCCAGCCUGUUCGGCAUGCUCUCCCCGCCAGCCAACGACACACUCCACAGUGUGCUGUGGGUGGGCGGAGCCAGCUGCCUCUACACGCUGACCAGCUCCAGUCUGAGUAAAUGGGAGGUGGACGACAGCUGGGAGCACCAGAUCCUCAGCUGGGACGCCCAGAGAGCUCUGACCGAGAGCAUCGCCGACGCCAUCUGGGGGUCAGAGAGCAACUUUGAGGAGCUGAAGGAGGGAGCGAAUGUGACGUACCUGGAUAUGAAGCUCAGCCAAGUUGGCCUGGUGGUUUUGGCUGCAGCCUGGCACCCGUCGGACACUCCCUGCCUGGCUUACUUCUGCCUGGUCACCCUGCAGGACAACGGAGCCGCCAUCUCCGACCAGUUCACAGUGGAAGUCACCAAGUACAACCCUCCAUUCCAGAGUGAGGAGGCCCUACAGACUACACGGCUGGCAUUGCCACGCUCCCCCGGCUCCACCGCCUUCCUGUAUAACGAGGAGAUGGUGUUUGCUUGCUCCACGGGAACCAGAAGGGGAGGACUACCUGAUGAGAAAAUCAGCUUCAACACACCUGGUGAUGGUGUUCGUGGAGGAGGCUGUUGCGCCAACCUGCCCGUGUUUUUCUCCCAGAACAGCGGCCUGGUGGCGGUGGUGGCCCGGGAGAGCGCCUCUAUCCUGCCGGAGACGAUGGAGGACUCGCUGUGCUCCUCGCUAGCUGCAGCCCCAGAGGUUUCAGCCAUGGAGACUCCAACCAGAUCAGAGCCUGUAGCUCAGGAGGACAAAACCAAACUCCUGAAGGCGGCUUUCCUGCAGUUCUGCCGUAAUGAUCUGGUGGGAGCUCAGACGGUCACAGACGAGCUCUUCCCCGCUGACGGUGACGGGGAGGAGGGCGCCGAGCUGGACGGCUUGGUGACUCGAAUCAACCUGGACCUGGUGGACGAUUACCCGGCCUCCGACCCCCGCUGGGCAGAGUCUGUCCCCGACGAGAGCGCCGGCUUUCCUCUCACCUCCCUCAUCAUCCUCCACCAGCUGGAGGACAAGAUGAAGGCCCAUGGCUGCUUCGUGGACUUCCUGCUCCAGGUGGGUCUGCUGGACCGGCUCGGCCAGGUGAAGUUGCGUUCGUCUCCCAUGGCGACACGCCUGCUGCUGUGCGAACACGCCGAGAAGCUUCAGGCAGCGAUGGUGCUGAAGAACCACCACACCAAACAUGGCGAGCUGGUGAACCGGGCCAUCAGCAUCGCGCUGCAGAGGAACAACGCCACCAUGCCGCCCAGCCUCACUGCUGCUGACGUCUUCUUCAGAGAGGUGUCUCAGAUCUCCUCAGUGUUUGAUUGUCUGCUGGACGAGGAGGAGCGGAGUCUGAAGGAGAACCCGGUCGACUCGGUGCAGUGGGCCGAAGCGGUUCUCACCGUCAACAACGUCAUCAAGGACAUGCUUCAGGCUGCUGGUCAGUACAGGGAGACGAAGGCCUUCAUGUACAGAGCUUCUGAAAACGCUGCUGCAGAGCCCGAGUACAUCCCAUGGACAGCGUCAGGAGGUGUUGGCGGUGUUCGCAACGUCAUCUCCCGCCAGCAUGAGAUCAUCCUGCGCUCGGUGUACCCGCACGCCGACUCAGAGCUGCGCAGCGCCCUUUGCGAGCAGCUGGUGGCGCUGUUGGACAUCUACCUGGGCGGCUACGUGGCCCAGCUGACCUCCCUGCAGCAGCAGAGGCCCCCGGGGGCCCAACAGGAGCGCUACAACAGCCUGGAGAUGGAGUACAGUCAGCGCCGCACUGAGCUGCUGACCCCGCUGUUGGAGCUGGGUCAGUACCAGUGGGUGGCAGCGCUGGCUGAGAAGUACUGUGACUUCGACAUCCUGGUUCAGAUGUGUGAGCAGACCGACAACCAGAGCCGCCUGCAGCACUACAUGACCAAGUUCGCAGACCAGAACUUUGCUGACUUCCUGUUCCGCUGGUACAUGGAGAAGGGGAAGAGGGGGAAGCUGCUGUCCCAGCCGGCCGCUCAGCACCAGCAGCUGGCCAGCUUCCUGCAGUCCCACCAGCACCUGAGCUGGCUGCACCACAUCCACGUCCACGACUACCGCAGUGCCAACAGGACGCUCUACAGCCAGGCCAACAUGGAGACACGUUACUUUGUGAAGAAGAAGACGCUGCUGGCUCUCAGUAAGCUGACGGUGCUCGCAUCCAACCUGCCAGAGGAUGAACUCAACAAACAAGUCGACGACAUCGUGGAGCAGGAGCGCUUCCUGCUGCAUCAGGAGACUCUGCCCCGACAGCUGCUGGAGGAGAAGCAGCAGAACCCCGACACCAUGCCUCUGCUCAGCGCUCACAACCUCAUACAGCUGUACAUCUGCGAUGACAACAGGCGAGCCAACGAGUAUGACUUCAAAAAGGCUCUGGAUCUGCUGGAGUACAUCGACGAGGAGGAAGCUGAGGACAUCGACUCGCUGAAGUGUGAGAUCUUCGGCAAAGCCCUCAGGAGAGACGACUGGUCCUCCGCUGACGCGACUGACGACCCUCUGGAAGCCGCCAAGGACAGCAUCUUCGUCAAGAUCCUCCUCAAACUCAUCCAGGAAGGAGUUCCUCUGCAGACGUACCUGCCUGACGUUAAAGAGCUGCUGGAGCUGGACGAGCUGAGCAGUCUGAAAUCAAAACCUUAUUUUGAAUUUGUGCUUCGAGCCAAUUAUGAACAUUACCUAGAAGCCCAGAUGUGACUGAUCACCUCCCAGUAACACCCACUACUGCACUUCAGCUUCCCUUUGCGUUCUAAUAAUUUUCAAGGUUUGUUUGAAUUUUGCUCUUUUCUAAAUAAAUGUGUUAUUUCUGUA